GAUAGUGUUGCUAUCCUUCGUUGUCGUGAUGAUGACGAUCGCUCGACAUUCAAUGUCUGCCGUCCGUACUGUUCGUGGUUUGACUGCUGUAUUGCUGCCGUUUGUCCGUCUUUGAUUGACAGGUCUUUAGUGUCUGCUGUCUACCAUAGACGAGUAUAUACUAUAUAUGGUGUCUACUGUCUGCCGUAUACAUUGUGGCAUAUUUUAAAUUAUACAAUCAUCAGAACAACCGUGAUCUGUGAUCAAUUUAACACUGGUAUGAAUAAUCCAUAUUUACUAAAGAAACAGUUACAAGAGAAUGAAGAAGAGUUAUCAAAUUACUUACGUGAUAUGAACAUUUGGCAAGAACAAAUGAAGCGAAAAGAACAUUCACUACCGAAUCCCAAUGAAAAGAAAAAACCUAAAAUUAAUCCAACAAAAACUAAUUUAAGCAAAAUUUCAUCAUGGGAUUACUCUGCUUGGGACAAAUUUGAUGUUGAUAAUGCUUGCAAAGAACUAGAUACUCAAGGUGAACUCAAGAAAAAUGAUAAUUAUGAUCCAAGUAUCAAUUUCAUAGAUAAUAAGAUACAAUCAAAACAGUCUGAUGGUUUAUAUGAAAAAAAUUUGGGUAAUGCAUUAGUUCAAAAGCAAAAAUGGGCCGAGGCUAUAUUAAGGUACACAAGGGCAAUAGAAUAUUAUGAUAAAGAUCCAAUAUUUUAUGCUAAUAGAGCAUUAUGCUAUCUAAAGACAAAAGAAUUUAAACUAGCAAUAAUUGAUUGUACAUCUUCUCUAGAACUAGAUAGCACAUAUGUUAAAACAUAUCAAAGAAGAAGCUCAGCUUAUUUAGCUCUUGGAAUGUACAAUGAAGCAAAAAAAGAUUUACUAAAUGUUUUGAAAUUAGAACCAAAUAACAAACAAGCUAAAAGUGAUUUAGAAGUUGUAAACAAUAAAAUUAAACAGACUGAAAUGCAGAAAGUCUCUGAUAUUAAAUGUCAAAAAACAAAUACAAUUAAUAAUUUACAAAGUAUGAAUUCAAAAAUGUUAUGUAAAAAUGAUGAACCGAUACAAAUUGUUACUCCAGAUUGGCCUCAAAGAGUUGGUUGUAAACAAAUAACUUCUAGACAAAAACCACCACAUUUAAGAUCAAAAAAACCUUUCUGUACGCUUAAUAUCAAAGAUGUUCAAGUAGACCAAGAUGAAUUAAACAACAUACAUUUACUUCAAACUACAUUGAAAGAAGUGUGUGAAAAAAAAUAUAAAGAUCAAUCUAUAAACAAAGAAGUUAUUCCUACGAAAAAAGACACUGUUCAAACUGAAAAAAAACAUGUAGCUAUACCUCCUGUUCCACAGACAUAUGUCCAACUUAAACAAGAUUGGGCAUUCUUAAAAAAUGAUCCGGAACUAUUGUUUCAAUAUUUAAAACAAAUUCCUGGUAAGCGUUUACCAUCAAUUGUGCGUAAUUCUAUGGAUAAUGAUCUAUUUGUGGAUAUUUUAAGAAUUUUACGGAUAAAAUUCAUUAAUAAUGGAUAUAAUAUAUCAGAUUAUUUGAUAGGCAUUAGUGAAUUACCAAGACUACAAAUGUUAGUUAUGUUUUGUUCUAGUAAUGAAGUAUCAUGUAUCAAAGAAUUGCUGAACUACGUUUCAAAAUUUGUUUCAGAAAAUGCUUUUAAAAAUCUCAAAGAAUCUUUUGGAGUAUAAUAUUAAUUGAAAAAUAACUUUAUUUUAUACAUUUUCACAUUAUACUUACACUAUGUCACUAUAUAUUACAUUGUCAUUGCAAUU